UGCACAGUGCCCCAAAUGAGAGGACUAUGGGAAUCUACUACUUGCAGAAGCCUUGCUGGAGCAGUGUUUAAAGGAAAACCUUGCCAAAGUGAAGGACUCCAUUCCAUUAAUGGAAAAGAGCGAGCCAGAAAUGAGUGAAGCCAAAAAAUAUCUGACCAGUGUUCUAAACAGGGGAAAAUUACGACCUAAAUAUAUGACGGAAGCCAUGCUGAUUCUAGGGAAGCUCCAUUAUGUGGAAGGAUCUUACAGAGAUGCAGUCAGCAUGUAUGCUAGAGCAGGACUUGAUGACAUGUCCAUAGAAAAUGAACCCUUGUACCUGCUGCGUCUGGUGACAGAAGCAUUUGUCAUCAAAGGUCUGUCGCUAGAGCGUACACCCAAUUCCAUUGCCUCCCAGGCUCGCCUGUGUGAAAGAGAAGAGGAAGUCAUCUCUUGUUUUGAGACAGCGUGCAUUAUUGCACAAGUGUAUUUGCAGGAACUUGAGAAGGCCUUGAACAACACACAUUCAAGAGGUAUAAAAGGCAGCAGCAUGACUUUCUCUGACUUUGAACUCCCUUAUUUCCUGGAAGCAGCUCUACAGAGUGCAUACGUGGCUCACUUAAAGAAAGGAAAUAUCGUGAAAGGAAUGAGGGAUCUGCGAGAAGUCUUACGGACUGUGGAAACGAAAGCUACUCAGAGCUUCAGAAUGACUGCAGCCAAACAGUUAGCUGAAGUACUUCUCCACUCAUUGAGUGAGGACUGCUACUGGAACCCCUUGUCUGAGCCUCUGCCAGAGUUCAUGAACAAGGAAGAUGACUCUUACGUUAGCAAUCUUCUAUGUCGAAGACCUCAGCUCUAUACAGGAGACAACCUGUACUGCCCUCAAGACAACAUAGAAGAGGCUCUUCUUCUCCUCUUAAUCAGUGAAUCCAUGGCGAACCGAGAUGCGGUAAUUAGCCGUGCUCCUGACCAGAAGGAUGAUCGAGCUGUCAGCCUCCAGGAUGCUUCUGCAGUUUAUGACCUUCUGAGUAUCACGCUGGGCAGAAGAGGGCAGUAUGUCAUGCUUUCUGAGUGCUUGGAGCGAGCAAUGAAGUUUGCAUUUGAUGAAUUUCACCUCUGGUACCAACUGGCUCUUUCCAUGGUAGCUUGUGGCAAGUCGGCACAUGCUGUGUCAGUGCUCAAAGAGUGUGCAAAGCUGCAUCCUGCAGAUCCCACUGUUCCUCUCCUGGCUGCCAAGGUCUGCAUUGGGCCACUGCACUGGCUGGAGGAAGGAGAACGUUUCGCCAAGAUAGUGAUAGACCUAGGUGAGGAUACUGGAGAGUUCCUCGCGAAGGGUUAUCUGGCUCUGGGGCUGACAUACAGUCUUCAAGCUACUGAUGCUACCCUGAAGUGCAAUCAAGAUGAAUUACACAAGAAAGCACUUCAGACUUUGGAGAGAGCACAUCACCUGGCCCCUGAAGACCACCAAAUCAUCCUUUACGUCUCAUUGCAGCUGGCUCUCGUCAGACAGAUUUCUGAUGCAAUAGAGCACCUCCAAGAAGCACUGAAACUGUGCAAAGAUGAUAUAAAUUUGCUUCAUCUGUUGGCCCUCCUUUUUUCAGCCCAAAAGCAGUAUCAUCACGCACUGGAUAUCAUCAACAUGGCUCUCACUGAGUACCCAGAGAGCUUUAGCUUACUCUUCACCAAAGUAAAGCUGCAGUUGGCAUAUAAAGGACCUGAAGAGGCUCUGGUGACUUGUAGACACAUGCUGCACACAUGGCAGAUGGUAUAUAAUGUUUCACAACACAGUGGUUCUGAGAAGGAGAGCAGUGUGACAGAAGUGCCAGUGAGCAAAAAACAUAAUGGGAUACAUCUCACUCUCCCUGAUGCUCAUGAUACUGACUCUGGCUCCCAGCGAGCCUCUUCUAUUGCAGCUUCCAGACUGGAGCAGGCCAUGUCUGAAGUAACUAUGCAGAGUACUGCCAUGAAGCAAGGACCUAUGCAACUAUGGACAACUCUUGAGCAAAUUUGGCUACAAGCUGCUGAGCUUUUCAUGGAACAACGGCAUCUCAAGGAAGCAAGCUUUUGUAUCCAGGAGGCAGCAAGUCUUUUCCCCACAUCUCACACUGUGCUGUACAUGCGUGGGAGGCUUGCAGAGAUGAAAGGCAGCUUGGAGGAGGCUAAGCAAUUGUACGAUGAGGCACUCACAGUGAAUCCAGCUGGAGUGGAAAUUAUGCACAGCCUGGGCCCAGUACUGAGCAGGCUUGGAAGGAAUAACCUGGCUCAAAAGAUUUUGAAAGAUGCCGUCCAGAUAGAGAACACCAGUCACAAAGCCUGGAACCGCCUGGGGGAAGUAUUGCAAACUCAAGGAAACAAUGAAGCCGCUGUUGAAUGCUUCCUAACAGCCCUCGACCUGGAAUCCAGCAGUCCUGUUGUCCCAUUCACUGUUAUACCCAGGGAACUGUGAAGAUCUUCCCUCCAACCUCACAGUCAUUCAGUAAGCAGAUACGAAGAAACACAUGCAGAAGAAACUGUUGGCUAGACACAGAAGUGCAGUUGUAAUUUGGAGAGGGGCAAAAAAAAAUUCCUAGAACAAGUCUCGCAAGUAUGUACUCAGCUGAAAAAAAGAAGUUGAAACACAAGUAGCAAGGAGGAAAGAAAACAAUGCCAUUUUCAUAGGUGCUUGAUCCAAUCCCAGCUUAAUCAGUUGAAAGACUCCUGUUGAUUUCAGCAGAGGUUGGUUUGGGCAUGAGAUGACUAACAGUAGGAUAGAAGCUGCUAGGGUGUAGCUAUGAAAAGCACUUGUAUUUGAAAGGAAUUUCUUGUACCUUUCAACCUCAUUUGAGAGAGGCUACAUUAGAAAAGGAAUAACAGGAGCUAAAUUCAGACCUGGGGUGAGCAAGUUUAUUGAAAUUGUGAAAAUGCACCCGACUUAUUCAGGGGCCAAAUUUGGCUCCCUAUAUGUGUACAGAGUCACUGUAAUAAAAAGGGGAUAUGUCAAAAAUCAAAUAGUUUUGUAAAAAAGUAUCUUAAAAGGCCUGCUAGUUCUGAUUUUCUUCCUGCUACUCCAAGCUGCAGACACAUGCUAUAUUAACAAUAGUUUUUUCCCAGACUGAUUUAAUUUGAAAGACACUUUGCUAAGGGCUGCUGUGGUCUGCUGGUGAGCCACAGGCAUAAAAAAGCCAAAGAUCGAAUCGGUUCAAAUUUGGACCAGUAUUAAAAACUUUUUUUUCUAUUUAUUUCUUAUAUUUAUUGCAAGGGAUUUCAUCAGGCUUACUAGUGUUAACAGCCUGAGCUUCACUCUUAGGGCUUAUUUAUUCCACUGUUGAUGAAUGGUAUAUUCUAGGUUUCAAGCAAUAUAAUAUAUUUAUACUGGGCUUUCCAUUAUUGCUGUCCCUGACAAAGCUUUUUCAUAGUCAUCUUUAUCGUGUAUAAAAAAGGGUCUGCAUUAGAUGGCAAGCAGUUUUAACUGCUGGAAGCAAUGUGUGAUCUCUUAUCUUUCCUUCCACUGUAAUUUUUGGAUCGGCCAUGUAAUUUUUGGAUCGGCCAUUGACACCAAGCCCAAUCCUUCAAGGCAGUGGGACCCCUCUUUGCCAUGGCACUAUUAUAGGCCAGCCCUAAUUCUGAUUGGCUCAUUCAGCUACACAAAUGAUGCUCGAGCUAAUUUAUGCCAAUCGUUCUCCUGUUAGCAGAGAAGUGGCUAAGCUGAUCUUCAGCUCCAGGUGGCCAUUGCAGGAAGUUCAAGCAGCCUUGAGUUUGUUGUAACAUGACACAAAAAAACAAUCCUUGUGCAGGGCAGGACAAGGAUCCAGGGAGUGCAAAGGUGAACCGUAGGUCAUCUUUCCUCACAAACAACCUCUCUUGUCUUGCACGCACUUUACCACCUGGCCUCUUGUUUCCAACUCUCCCUCAUUGGUUUUGCACUAAGAUACUCUUACCAUUUUAGCUCUACCAUCUGCUGUCAUCUGACUAGGUUACUCCAGAAAUACUACCUACAUGUGAGAAACAUGCCAGAUUUAUUUGUAAAGACCCUCCAGAUAUGGGAGCAGACUUGCCAUCGGACUUGUUUAAAAUUAUUUAGAAAUUCAGAGAUUACUUGAAACAUCAGUUCUGCUUUGUCCCCUUCACACCACUUCCAGGACCUGUGCGGAGGCACAACAGGAACUUGCUCCAUAAACUUUCCUCCCCUUUCCUCUCCCAUAGUUCCCUCCAAAACUCCAGUACCAAAGAGCAGAGACAGAUGUUUCACUGGUUGUCUUAAUCAUCAGUUUAUUAGUCUCCUAUGCAGAUUUUCAGUCAGGUUGAUGUGACAGUUCAGAUUCCCAUCGACUCCACUGAAGCCAGCGUGUUCAAGGACUGGGUUUCCAGCCUGCAGAGUCAUUGUAAGGACACAAGAGACAUAGAUGCCUCUUACACAAGACUGCUGAGGCUAUAGGCUGGUUUCCAAGGAUACAUUGCAUUUCCCAGCUACCUUGCCUGUUUCAGUGACACCACUGUAGAGGGAGAAGUGAAAGGAAUAGUGCUAGAAUUAGGUAAGUGAAUUUUGGGAGUGUGAAGCAAAAUUAGUCCAUUUUUAUAUAAAAGAACGUUCUAAAGCCUGCCUGCUCAGCAGCUUGGUUGUGAAGGUGGAGACUGUUGCUUUGUCUGUGGGGAGUUAUCUGGUUACCUCAGACUUCUCCUCCUCCUCAUGUCCUUGUCAUAAAUUAGAUGUUCUCUCCAGAAUUGUGCAUGUCUGAGAUUGUUGAUGACAUGGUAUUUAGCAGAUUCAUUGGAAUCUGACAGAGCCACAAAGCAAACCCUUCUGCUGUGGCAGUUAUGAGGGUGCAAGACAGACACCACUCACCUUCUUGUUAGACAAGGCCACAUCUGCUUCAUCUUCACGCACUUCCUCAGGCUCUACUUCCUGCUUUGAGCCUGCUUCUGAGAUCUGACCAACUUGUCAGUGUUCCCUGAAAAUGGACAGCAUGGACAGGAGAACCACUUUUGCAGGAGCUUGAAUGAGCUGGCUGAUGAGCGCCAAGAACUUGGCCACAUGCAGGUUUUUGUCAUACAUGGCCAUGCACUGGCUAAUGUUGACGAUCGUGCAGGAGCACCAUGUGAAGAAGCCCUGGAACACACAAGCCAGCUUGCUGUCCCAGAGGGGAACCACAACCGGCUUCAUCUUGGACUGCUGGUUCUAGCGCAGGGCAGCAAUGCAGCAGCCCAUUGUGUGCAGAGAGAUGUUGAUAUUAUCUGCCCUCGUCAUUCGGUCUCUACUCUUCUGGUCCUUGCAAUGCCCUGAGCUGGUGAAGUCACACAGGACAGCCCACUCAUUUUGGGGACCAUCUCACUGCUGCGUCCUCUUAGGUGAAGAAUCCAGCUGGAAGAGAUCCUGUGACUGUGGCUGGAGUUCUGGUCCAGGUGAGCGCUGCCAAAGCUCUGGUUUUUCAGACCCAGCCUCAGAGCUUCCAGGCCUUGUCAGCAUCUCAGACAUGGAUCCAGUUCAGAUCUUGGACACAGGGAUUACCAUUCUGGUCUUCACACAGCCACAGUGUCUGCCUCUUGUGGCAGACUCUUGUGUUCGGAUCAGGCAGAGCUGGCUCCAGCAAGUCACAGAUCAGCUUAUUGUAAAUCUCAAAAAAGAAAAAAAACCCUACAGACUGAAUUCUGCUUUCAGGGCCUCCUCUGCAGUAAAUCAGCAUAAAUCAGCAUUAGCAUUGAUUUCUAUGCUAUGCUACGCAGCAAUUGCUGCUUUCCAUCAGCUCAGGAUUAAUUCCCAUUCCCUUAAAUAGGAGCAGCCCCUUGGAUAAGCCUGGAAAAAGAAUGUCUGUGCUGCUUCAUCGUUUGCUUGUCCUUUCAGCUCUUAAGAUAUUGCCCCAGUAACACAGGUAUAGAGGGAAAUGGCUUAUAGCAGAUACUACUGUAGAUAUCUUUGUCUUAAUUCCAUUAGUGACAACUCUAAGACAGUGGCAGCAAUGGCAAUGGGGUAAGCAGCCAAGUUACAGAGCAGCAGUGGAUCUGCUCCAGCUCACGGGUCUGCCAUAGUUUUGGAUUAAAACAUUUUAUUAAAUGAAAAGGGAUUUGAAGCACAAAGCAGCGAGUCCUGUGUCCUCACUGCACAUGGACUUGUUAAUCUUCACAUGUGCAGUCCAGUUUCUGAUUUAGAGAUGCUGAGGGCUUACAUCAGUGGAGAUCCAUUCAGGUGACUCACCACAGAGAUUGAGCUGUGCACCUCUCUUCUACAGAGUAUGCGAGAGGAAGGAGUAGGAACAGAAAAGAAGGGGAAAUAAAAAUGGAAGAAUGGCAAUCUCUUUGGUUGUUGGUGAGAUUACAGGCGCCUUUCUUUUUUAUCUGUAACUUGGAAUCACAAGCACACACAGCCGCAUGGCAAACAAAGUGGUAUGCAAACUGAAAUAGUCUGAGAACCAUUGUAAGGUGGCAUCUCUCCACCUGUUCAUGUGCUGGUGAAAGGAGAUCAGCUUGCCUAAUGUGACAUGAAAAGCACAAUUUUGCAUAUAUUUAACUAAUGUUUAUUUGCACUUCUUUGGGUUUCGCUUGUUUAUAGGAUAUUAAAACAAAAAUCAGUCGUUGCCUUCAGUAAAUUCAAACUUUCUCUCUAGGAACAUUAGAAUUCUCCUAGAGGGCAGGCUUUGAGAUAUACAAAGCAUUUCAUAGUUUUACAUAUGUCAACCAGUCACAUAAUCCCAGUCCAGGAAGUAUGUUGUGUAUGUUAAGGAAUGUAACUCAACUGCCAGCACGGAUCAUAGCAAAAUGCCUUUGCUAUUGUUGAAGUGAACCUGAGUAACUGCCAUUAACAUUACUGGGCAUGAUGUGCCUAAAAUACCCCUUUCAGUGCAGUAGUAGAUGCAAUCAU